GACUGUAUAACACUGAAUGUAGGAGGAUAUCUGUAUACAACUACCAAGUCUACCCUGUGUAAAUAUCCCGACUCUAUGUUAGGCGUCAUGAUGAGUGGAAAAUUUGACACCAGCAUCGAUUCAAAUGGACACCGUUUUAUAGACCGAGACGGUGCAAUGUUUCAGCAUGUUUUAAAUUUUUUGCGCUCUUCUCAUCUCUCACUUCCUUCCGAUUUCAAAACAUUUGACUUACUCUCAAUAGAAGCCGAUUUUUAUCAAAUACAGCCUUUAAUAGAAGCUAUUAACCAAAUCAAACAA